AUGAAGUUUUUGAUACUCCUCAGUGUUGUGGCUUUUGCUUCGAGCAGUCCAGUGGCGCAAGAUGAAUCUGUGAUGCGUUUAUUCCUUGGGAAUAUUGUGAGUUGCGUAAACAGUGACCUGGGAUUGUGUUUGAAGGAACAAGCAUUAAAAGUCACGGAGAGACUGGGCUCAGUUCGUCAACUGAAGUUGGCUGAAGGUGUUACCAUUCUGAACAAUGUCCCCAAGGACGGCAAAAGUCUGGACCUCUCAGCCGAACCUGAAGAAAGAAAGAAGCAGGUCUCCGAACGUCUUUGGCAGAGCACUUCCGACUUGUUGAAGAAUAGCGACUUGGAACUUAGCUUCAACGCUCCAGUUGGUGAUGAUGAUGAAAGCAGAGCUCUUGAUGAUGUUGAGGAGGGCCGUGGCAAGAAGAAGGAAAUGAAGAAGAAACUCAAGAUGUUGGUGCCUCUUCUACUCUUGGCGAAAGCCAAGGCUAUUGCUCUUGUCGUCUUCUCCCUCCUCGUGAUCGCUGCUUCCCUCUUCAAGCUCGCAGUGCUUGCCAAGAUCGCCUUCAUCGCCAAGGCUAUUGCUGCCCUCAAGCUUCUCUUGGCCAGGAAGCACCAAGAGGAAGAACAUGGAUGGGUCCCCCACCACGAGGAACAUCACGACCAUGGCCACGGUUGGGAAGGCGGCUGGUCGCGAUCCAGAAACGAGGCCAACAAUCUGGCCUACUCUGCCUACUCUAAGUAA